AUGGGAGACUGGUCAAUUCUGGGACGCUUCCUAGUGGAGGUUCAGAACCACUCCACAGUGAUCGGGAAGAUCUGGCUGACAGUGUUGCUGAUCUUCCGAAUCCUGCUGGUGACUCUAGUAGGAGAUGCAGUGUACGGUGACGAGCAGUCCAAGUUCAUCUGCAACACACUCCAGCCGGGCUGCAACAACGUCUGCUACGACACGUUUGCGCCAGUCUCACACCUGCGCUUCUGGGUCUUCCAGAUUGUCCUGGUCUCUACACCAUCCAUCUUCUAUAUCAUCUAUGCUCUCCACAAAAUCACCAAAGAUGAGAAGGUUCGGACAGAGCGAGCCCAGGCUCUGCUCCACCACCCACAUGUUGAGUGUGUUACGCAGUCGGGUGGAGAAGGCAACGUUUAUUUGGAAAGUCCCAGUGAAGAGGAGUGUGUGGAGCAGAGCCUCCUGCAGAGUGACUACAGAGAGGUUAGCAAGGACCCUACUGAAUAUUCAGGCCAGAUUUUGUUGAUAUACAUCAUCCAUGUGGUUCUUCGAGCCAUUCUAGAGAUAAUGUUCCUGGUGGGCCAAUACUAUAUGUUCGGAUUUAAGGUGCCAUUUCUGUUUCGCUGCAAAGCCUACCCAUGCCCAACUCGAACCGACUGCUUUGUGUCACGUGCUACUGAGAAGACCAUAUUCCUAAACUUCAUGUUUAGCACAAGCCUGGGCUGCUUUCUUCUCAAUAUUGCUGAGCUUCACUAUCUAGGCUGGGUCUAUAUCUUCCACAUACUAUAUACAGCAUGUUUCGGGUGCUGUGAACCUAAAAGGAGACUACAUGUUUCCCACAGUCCUUUGCAGCUUAGGCUCAGGCAUUGGAUGAGAGGCAGGCUGGUCCUGCAGUCCUCUUCAGCCACUCUUCAAUCCCAUGAGAGGACAGCCACUGCCAUGUUCUCACAGGGACCAUCCAUUUCUUUUGAGACAGACUCAACACUAGAGUGCACCUCGAAGACAAACCCAGAAGAAAAAAAGUGCACAGGAAUAAAAUUAGCCAACAUGGCUAAGUUGAGCAGCAAGAAGUCUUGGUUAUGAGUGACCGUUACUGCCCUUUACCGCCUAUUAUUGUUAAAGCAUCAGCAAAAUGCACAACACAAUACAUUAUACUCUUUAAUUUACUUACACUAAUUUCACAGAGUAAUAUAGCAGUUUAAAAUAAACUGUAAGGAAUAAAACACUAAUCAAUGACAGCAUGGUGUGAUCCAUUAGCACCCCGAAUAUAUGCUGAAUAUUUUCACAUAACCGCACGGCCUGAAAUGUUUUAUUCCUCUUAUACAGCUGUAAUUUAUGAAUGACUAAAUAUUUUUUAAUUAAUUAAAAUACAUCAUGUUGUCAUUACUAUUAGUUUAUAGUUAGGUUUAUUGUUGUCAAACAUCCAAGAAACAAGUUAGUUCCUGUUAUCAGUUACAUUACAGCAACUAUAAACAGUCAUCCUUUCUCUGGCCUCCCAUUUUAUUAAGAAACCGGAAUGCACAAACUCAUCUGUCCUGACACUGGAGACUCCUUCCAUAAAUGGCAAAUAAAUGUCUCCUUCGAGAAAGCUUCACUAUAUCAACAGUUAUACAUUUUUUUGUUAUUGUUAAUCACUUUAUUUUUAGCCUUAGAUAAUGUGGAGUGUCUGUCAUACAAGUCCCUGUGGAUUCAGUGUUACUGCAGAAACAAUAAUUAAUGAGGAUGAUAACUUCUCAAAUCACAAAAUGAGGUCAAAUCUAAGCUCCUUAAAGAUCUUUACUUUGCUCCAACAGUGUCUCACUAUCACUAACCCAUGUGGGAAGAUAACAACCUUAAUGGACUUUUGAAGUAGUUUUUGUUUAUUGUAAUAUGCAAAGAUCAUCUGAUUAAGCUGUCAGUUUUUGCACUCUUCACUGUAAAAUAUUUAAAAAGGUAACAAUCACCAGUUAAUGAUAUUUAAUGAAAGAAGUGUGGAGAAUAUCAAGGCUUCUUUUUUGUGGCUAAUAAUCUUUAUAUUGAAUGAUUUGACUUCAUGUUUUAGCUUUUCUUUAGUGUAUAUUCUUAUGCACAUGGCAGUUUAUGCUUUGUCCGAGAGAGGGCGCCAUUUCCAAUGGUUAUAAUUUCAUCACAAUGAGCUAAACAGACAUUGUAACAGUAAAAUAGUACUUUUUUUUUUUUUGCAUUUAUUAAUUUUAUGGAGCAAGACAGAACUGCAAAGUAAAUAACGCUCUAAGAGCACACUGAAACCUUGCAUACAAAUACUGUAUACAAACAGAAACAAGCUUAAUGGAUUUGUUC